ACUUACCACCGAGUAUCUCCCAGUCCAGGCCGCCGGCGGAUUCAUCCUCGUCGACGACGGGGAGAACGGUGAUCUGGACUGUCCCGUAGGACCGGAGGACAUCCUCGGGUACGUGAUGUCGCAAUUGGGCUUCAAAGAUGAGCAUGCCGUCAAGAAGGUGGAGAUGGCUCUGGACAUCAUGCAACAGGAACCUGGUCUUCACCAUGGACACGGUGUUCUGAGCCACAAACCAAGCGCAAGGCCGAGAAUAUUUUGUCAGAAACGUCGAGAGUGUGUUGUGCCAUCUGUCACAUCACCCCCAGGGACAAGUUUGUGCUCAAGUUUAGGCUCAUCAAAUCGAAUGCGCAGUGCCAUGUCGAUCGCACCUUCUGUGAAGCAUCAAGAGCGAAGCACGUUGUCUUUGAUCUCAGUAUGGGGUUGCGGGGCGGGGCCGUGCCAACUCGUGCUCCAUUUCAGCAGUAGCUCUCCUGCCAUCAGAUCUCUGCUUUUCAUGUCUGUGUGCCUGGACCUGUCCCUUCGCAUGAUUUCUGUGGCUUCGCAAGCCUAUGGAAGCUCAAGCUCGAUGCCGCAUGAAGAGAUAUGCAGUGCCUUUGCUCGACUACACCUUUGCAGAUCUUCUUGGUGGUACGGAAGCCCUCCAUAUCCAACCUGCUGUUGAUACCAUGGUGAUCCUCUUGUUGCUGAAAUGGAAGUUGAUAGUCCUGUUGUUCUGCAGUUGUUCGGUCUCUAAAUGCACGCCUUCCCCCUAGUUUCAUUGUUGCCAUCCAUCCCACAGUAUUUUUCUAAUGUCAUUGUCGUGUAUGUAUCAGGUGCAUGGAUUUGCAAGAUGUACCAGUACCUUCAUCAGUUUGAAAUCUGAAGCAUUUUACAUGGGCCCAUGCAUGUCCUUGUAGUUUGGUUUUCCUUUGGGAGUUAGUUAGCCCCUGCUUAUGUAGGUUCUCUUUGGCAUUAGCUUAUGUAUCUAAGCAAAAAAUAUCAUGCAUUAUCUAAGUGUGA